CCGAAACGCGGCAGCUGCCUUUAUUCACAACCAACACGAUCCCCACGUACAGAACUCAUUGCAUUUUUUUACAAGUAGCAUGAGCCCAUCAAAGAAAUCCCAGAGACGUGCUAAAGCACCAUUGCCAAUGAGGUCCCGCAUAACCAGAUCCAAGGGCAAACCUAUAACAGAUCCAGAACAUAACACCCAGCUUCUUACGGAGCAACUUCGCUCGCAGGGUCUCUACGCUGCAAACACCGUGGGCGACGGUAAUUGCCUAUUUCGGGCUCUUUGCGACCAAUUCUACGGCUCGCCCUCGCAGCACCUCCAGCUGCGCAAAGACAUAUGUGACUGGAUCGAGAGCCAUGCGCAGCGCUAUCAGCCCUUUUGUGAGGAUGAGCGUGGUCUAAGCGCCCAUUUGCGGUGCAUGAGAGAACAAGGCACUUAUGGCGGGCACCUUGAGCUUUCUGCAUUCGCGCACUUUGCGCGAAAGAAUGUUAAGGUCAUCCAGCCUGGAUUGGUAUAUGUCAUUGAGUGGAAGGCGGGUGCCGAGAGCGAUGACCAGUCAUCGUCCCAAGACAACGAGCGAGAGGCGCGGAGGAAAAAGCGGCAGCAGCAGCGCGAUGAAAUGAUGCACGAUUCUCAAGAGUCGGAGGGGACAAUAUAUGUAGCAUAUCACGACUGGGAACAUUUUUCUUCAAUACGAAACUUGAGUGGGCCACACACUGGUCUUCCGGAGAUAUGCGAGCUAUCUGCUGACGCAGUCCCGCCUGCUGCUUUGCCUGCCAAGAAGAAACCUGUGUCCCGGACCAAAGCCAAAUCAGAUCCGAAGAUACUCAAGAAUAGCAUCAUUAGAACGAAUAUAGAAAAUACACCACCAACACCGGCACACGUUCCACUCCCCUUAUCCCGCUCACCCUCACCACUUUCUUCCGCUGAUUCCUUGAGCACUGAGCCGGACUCGUUGCUUCCCAUCCCCGGUCAGCCGAUCGGUACAUCGGCCAUUAGAGGUCACCGGUCACCCAAGCGUUCCUUCGACGAAUCAUCUGGCUCGUCAACAUCGGACGCAGUCUCCAAGCGAACGCGAAGUUCGCGUCGAUCGCCUUCUCGCACAUCCCUAAGUCAAGUCAGAGCAGAUGACGAUAUGGAUGACUCGACGCCUGAUCUCUCCACUCCUGGCUCCUCCGCAGAAUCCACCCCCUCAUCAUCCGCCGCCUCAUCUCCACUUCCUAGUACCCCUCCUGCAUAUAACACACCGCCUCCUGAACCUGAGAAACCUCUUACUCGACGCCAGCGUAAGGCUCUCGGGCUUCCAAAGCCACGUCCUGCGCAUAUGAGCGCGGGGAAGAUCAUCAUUCCUGGCGGGAAAUUCAAGAAAGCUCCUAAGGCGGCAGACGAUGAGGAAUGGCAAAGGAACGGCACUGGGCGGCUUGACGUGCGCGGGUUUCGCGAGCUCAAAAUCUAGCAUUUCAGCAUCAUCAAAGACCCCGUCACGAAUCUGCACGCAUAUUUCACGCCACUUCAUCUAGAACAUUGGUCAUAUCUACCCAGCGAUACCCAACAUAUAUCAUCCUUGCAUUUUCAUUAUACCGCUCCCUCAAUCCACGCAUUUGUUUCCGGCAGUCUGUGGUGAUCUGGUGCGGCGUCAUUUAUGUGUUACGUACGGGCACUUGGAGCUUCAUAGAAGUUCGGACUCAUC